AUGUCUCAUCCGGCUUACCAAACUGCUGGCAGACCAUUGUCAAAGGAGGCCCUAUACCAUCAAAGAUUAAGACAGGGCAUUUUCCAAUCACCUAGUGGAGCAAUUGUAGGUGUUAACAGCAAUGCGUCAGAUACUGCUGCGUUAUUAGCAGCUUCCUCGGACUUGACUGUCAAGCCAUCAUAUGAGCGUUCAAUUGCUCCAGAAGCUCAAAAUGCAGCUUUAGCAGCUAAAAAGCAAGAAAUCAAUUCUUGGAAGAGGCAGCACCACGCGCCCGAUGCUCAGGACGCAGCCACCGCAUCAAGCUCAAGAGGGCACUCUUUGAGUAGUAGUAGUCAACAUACGGCUAAUGAUUCGUCUUACACCAUAGUACGCGUAGGAAUUCCAUCAGCCUUAGACCUGGCCUCCAUCUAUAAAGCCGCGGAAGCAAGAUCGGCAGGUACAAUGUCCUCAAGAAUCGAUCCUAUAAGAGAUGUUAAAAGGAGCGGAAUCCAAUCGAAACAAACAGCAUCGCCAUUAAAUAUCGAUAAGAUUAACAAACUAGCAACCAAGAAUUCCUCAAAAUCUUUAAAUUCAAGAUUCAACCCAGAUUUGGAUUACAGAUCGGGCUUGAAGAAACAAAAGCCCACGGAGUUUUUAGAUCAAUCGGAAGAAGAUUUGGCCGCAGAAAGUGCUGAUGCUGCUUUAACACAGCCUAUUCAAGUUCCUGAUUAUGCUACCCAAACUAGAUCAAGCACUAUGAAAACCGCCAAAGAGAUUGUCACCCCGAGUUUGUUGGCAGCAGCAGCAGCAAGAGCAAAUGAACGUUUGAGCUCUAUGAAUGCCAAUACUCCCGAAUCUUUCAAGCAGCAAGCUCAAUUGUAUGCCAAUGCAUUGGCAAUUGCCCAGCAAAAGAGCGAUGAAAGACUGAAAAACAGACAAUCCGGUGUUAUCAACUUGGGUGGUGGUUUAACAAUCACCAUUGCUGAGUUAGACAAGUUGGCAGCUACUUAUGUCAAGCCCGUACUUAAUGAUAUUGAAACCAAAGCUGACUCAAAAAGACAAAUCGAAGCUGAAAAGAAGCAAAGAAAGUUGGAAUUGAAGGCUGCACAUCAAAAGGCUAAGCAAGAUGAACAUGCAGCCAAAAUCAAAGAAAAGGAGGAUAUUGCAAAAGCAAAAGAACAAAGAGUGUUAGAGAAUGAAAAUUUGAAAAAAGCUGAAGCUGAGAAAUUAACAGCUCAUGAACAAUCAAGAAAUAAAGAAGUUGAAGCAAAACAAAAAGAGUAUGAGGAAUUGGAAAAGAAACAUGCUGAAGAGAAGAAGCAACUUCUUGCCGAGAAGAAGGAGAAUCAGGAUGGUAUUGAUGAGGAAGAAUCGGCCAAAAAGGAAGAGAGAAAUAAAGAGUUGAAGGGGUUGCAAGAAGAAAAGGAUGAGAUUUUGAAGCCUACUUUGGAUGAGUUGGAGGAAGAGAAUGCUAAAUUAAAAGAAGUCACCGGUGAAAGAGAUGCAUUAGUUAAGGAAGUAGAGGCUGCCGAGAAUCAAAAGAAAGAAUAUGAUUCCAAACUCGAGGAGUUGAAGUCAAAAAUCGAAAAAACCGAAAAGGACAUUGAAAAGUACACUACUGAUCUCGAGGAGGCAACUACUAAGCACGAAACUACAGAUAAGGAACUUUCUGAUCUCAAGAAUAAGCAUGAUGAAACCAAACUUAAUACAGAGAAGGAGCACAAGGACUUGGAUUCUAAGAUUGAAGAGUUGGAAAAAGAAAAGAAGGAGAAAACAGAGGAGAAGGCAGCAAAGAAAAAAACAAUAAUAGCAGCUCUCGACAACAAAGUUAGAGAUGAACACAAAAUUAACCAAGAGUUACCUCCACAUUUAAAGCGUGAAAUCAACGAGGACAAGAUAAGAGACACGAGCUCUUUAUUUUCGGAGGAGGAAACAAAGCCCAAGGUUACUUCCCCAGUCACUGAAUCCUCAAAGUCUAAAGCAGCCACAUCAACAGCGACACCCAAAGCGGAUGAAAAAGAAGGCUCUGAGACCAAAGUUGCAAAAGAAAAGUCUACUUCUUCCAAGCCAGUUACGAGAGACGUUGUAGAAGGAAAAGAAAUAAAAACUGUUCCGAUAACUGCAGAAGUCAAGGAUGAGAAUAAAAAGAAGGGAGUCAAACCUGUUGCAGCAUCUUCUACUGCCACCACUAGCGGUGCAAAUGCUAAUUUGUCACCUCAAAAGAGAUCAGUGGCGUCGAAUGCGCCAGAGUCCCCAACCAAGAAAUCAGUUCCCUUUUCCAAAAGGUUUAGCAAUUUCUUCAAAGACCAAACAAAAGCCUCGCAACCAGCUCAUCAUACAGCAAAACCUACUUGGAAUAAAUCUACCUCUACUAAACCUGCAGCCACUGGAACAACAUCAGCAACAAAGAAGGAGGAAGCAAAAAGCUCGGACAAGAAAACAGAGAAGGCUGCCACCACUACAACAGCAGUGAAGAAGCCAGAAACCAAGACUAAGCAGCCUACUACUUCCAACACACCGGUAUCAAAGGAUUCAGUGAAAAAAGAGAAUAAACCCGCCACGGCUACUAAGGAUUCCGAUGAUUAUGGUGAUUUUGAUGACGAAGAUGAAGAUGAGGAUCUUAUUUCGGAUAAGAAUGGAAACAAAGGAGGUUUGUUCAAGGAAGAAAUUUUGUAA